CCUCCGGGGGCCUCGGAGCAAGAUGGCGGCGGCGGGGUCCGUGAGGCGCGGGCGGCGGCGACCGCGGCGCCAGUGAGGGGGCCCGGGGGCCCGGGCGGCUCCGGGCCGGGGCCCCGCCGCGGGACGGACCAUGCUACGCUCCACUGGCUUCUUCCGGGCCAUUGACUGCCCCUAUUGGUCUGGGGCGCCCGGGGGGCCCUGCCGGCGGCCCUACUGCCACUUCCGGCACCGCGGGGCCCGGGUCCCCGGCGCGCCCGGUGACGGUGGAGAGGCGCCCCCCGCAGCAGGACUGGGUUAUGACCCCUACAACCCCGAGCUGCCCAAGCCCCCCUCACAGAGGGAGAAUGGCACCCUGGGCCUGGGGGAGGAGCCGCGCCCGGACGUGCUGGAGUUGGAGCUGGUCAACCAGGCCAUUGAGGCCGUGCGCAGUGAGGUGGAGCUGGAGCAGCGGCGCUACCGGGAGCUGCUAGAGACGGCCCGUGAGCACCGCGCCGCCGAGGCCCCCGCCCUGGCGCCCCGCGGCCCCAACGCCAGCCCCACCGUGGGCCUGGACGAAGAUGCCUUCCCACUGGCCUUCGACUACAGCCCCAGCAGCCACGGCCUGUUAAGUCCCGAUACCGGCUACCAGCCCACCCCGCUGGCCACCCCUGCCGAGUCGGGCAGCAAGUACCUGCUGGCGUCCCUGGACAGGGGUCAGGGCAGAGGCGGAGGGGGCGGUGGUGCCCUGGAAUACGUCCCCAAGGCUGUGAGCCAGCCCCGGCGGCACAGCCGCCCUGUUCCCAGUGGCAAGUAUGUGGUGGACAACUCCAGGCCACCCACAGACCUGGAGUAUGACCCUCUCUCCAACUACUCGGCCCGGCACCUCAGCAGGGCCAGCUCCCGGGACGAGCGGGCUGCCAAGCGACCCCGGGGCCCCCGCAGCAGCGAGCCCCACACCCCUGCUCCCAAAAAACCCUGUGACCCCUUCAGUAGCUGCGAUGCGAGGUUCUCAGACUCGGAAGAUGAGGCCACCACGGCCCCAGGUAAUGAGCCCACCAUCGCCAGCACCCCCAAAGCCAGGGCUGACCCUGAGAGCAAGGCCACUGGGCAGCCACCCUCCAAAGAGGGCCUGGAGGCCGAGGGGGGCGGCCUGCGGGAGACCAAGGAGACGGCCGUGCAGUGCGACGUGGGAGACUUCCAGCCACCCCCAGCCAAGCCCUGCUCCCCAGCCCAGGUCCAGGCCUCACAGGAUGGGGGCUGCCCCAAGGAGGGAAAACCCAAGAAGAAAAAAAGCGGGACCCCACCUGCCCCCAGCUGCAAAGAUGGGACCCAGAGGAAGGACAAGACCAAGGACAAGGGCCGAGGGCGGCCUGCAGAGAAGCCCCGUGCGGACAAGAAGGGCCCGCAGGCCAGCAGCCCCCGGCGCAAGGCAGAGCGACCGGAAGGGACCAAGAAGAAGCCAUCUUCGGCCACUCCUGUGGCCAGCUCAGGGAAAGGACGGCCUGACCGGCCAGCGCGGCGGCCAAGCCCCACAAGCGGGGACUCCCAACAGGCGGCCAGCAGAGGCCCACCCCGCCCCCUCCAGCUCCCCGACAGGAAAAGCACCAAGGUCCCAUCGGGGAAGCUGGUGGAGCGGAAAGCCCGCUCGCUAGACGAGGGCGCCUCCCAGGACGCCCCCAAACUGAAGAAGCGGGCCCUGAGCCACGCCGACCUCUUUGGAGACGAGAGUGAGGACGAGGCCGCAGGGCCGGGGGUGCCAAGCGUGUGGCCCCCUGCCCUCCCCAGCCUCAGCUCAGACUCAGACUCUGACUCGGACUCCAGCCUGGGCUUCCCUGAGGCGCGGGGGCCGCCCAAGCGGCUCAAGGCCUCCCCGCCCCCCUCCCCCGCACCGUCCUCCUCUUCGUCCUCCUCCAGCGCGGGGGCGGAUGUGGACUACUCAGCCCUGGAGAAGGAGGUGGACUUUGACUCAGACCCCAUGGAGGAGUGCCUGCGGAUCUUCAACGAGUCCACCAGCGUCAAGGCGGAGGACAGAGGCCGGCUGGCCCGGCAGCCCCCCAAGGAAGAGAAAAGCGAGGAGAAGGGGCUUUCGGGUCUGACCACUCUGUUCCCCGGGCAGAAGAGGAGGAUCUCCCACCUUUCCAAGCAAGGCCAGGAGGCGGAGCCCCCAAGGAGGAGUCCUGCGGUGCCCCCGGCCCGGCCCCCGACGGCACAGGAGGUGUGCUACCUGCGGGCCCAGCAGGCGCAGAGGGCAUCGGCGAGCUUGCUGCAGGCCCCCCCCAGGCUGGCGGAGAAGCUGCCCUCCGUCCACAUCUCUGCCCCUGGCGAGAAGAGGAGGAUCGCCCACAUCCCCAACCCCCGCCUGGCUGCAGCCCCCACAGGUGCCAAAAGGACCCUCGCGGCCAGCGGCAGCCAGCCCUCCAACGGCCCCGAACCAGGCGGCCAGCAGCUGAAAACACGCACAUUGUCGGGGAUGGCAUCCAAGACUACCACCACCAUCACCCCUAAGCGAAUCGCCCACAGUCCAUCCUUACAGAGUUUAAAGAAACCCAUUAUCCCCAAAGAGUUUGGGGGCAAAGUCCCCACCGUCAUCCGCCAGCGCUAUCUCAACCUGUUCAUUGAGGAGUGUCUCAAGUUCUGUACCUCCAACCAGGAGGCCAUAGAGAAGGCACUGAACGAGGAGAAGGUGGCCUAUGACCGCAGCCCCAGCAAGAACAUCUACCUGAAUGUGGCCGUGAACACCCUCAAGAAGCUCAGGGGCCUGGCCCCCAGCGCCGUACCCAGCCUCAGCAAAACCAGUGGCCGCAGGGUUGUGUCCCACGAGGUGGUGUUGGGGGGCAGGUUGGCCACCAAGACCAGCUUCUCGCUCAGCCGCCCAAGCAGCCCCCGGGUGGAGGACCUGAAAGGGGCUGCCCUGUACAGCCGCCUCAAGGAGUACCUGCUCACCCAGGACCAGCUCAAGGAGAACGGCUACCCCUUCCCGCACCCAGAGCGGCCCGGCGGCGCAGUCAUCUUCACAGCUGAGGAGAAGAGACCCAAGGACUCUUCCUGCAGGACCUGCUGCCGCUGUGGCACCGAGUACCUUGUGUCCUCCUCGGGCCGCUGCGUCCGGGACGAGGAGUGUUACUACCACUGGGGACGGCUGCGCCGGAACCGGGUGGCCGGAGGCUGGGAGACCCAGUACAUGUGCUGCUCGGCUGCCGCCGGCUCUGUCGGCUGCCAGGUGGCAAAGCAACAUGUGCAGGAUGGCCGGAAGGAGCGCCUUGAGGGCUUCGUGAAGACCUUUGAGAAAGAGCUCCCAGGAGACACCCACCCAGGGAUCUACGCCCUGGACUGCGAGAUGUCCUACACCACGUACGGCCUGGAGCUGACGCGCGUCACAGUGGUCGACACGGAUGUGCACGUGGUUUAUGACACCUUCGUGAAGCCUGACAACGAGAUUGUGGACUACAACACCAGGUUUUCGGGGGUGACGGAGGCUGACCUUGCUGACACAAGUGUCACACUGCGUGACGUCCAGGCCGUUCUGCUGAGCAUGUUCAGCGCUGACACCAUCCUCAUCGGACACAGCCUGGAGAGUGACCUCCUGGCCCUGAAGGUCAUCCACAGCACCGUGGUGGACACGUCUGUGCUCUUCCCCCACCGCCUGGGCCUCCCCUACAAGCGGUCCCUGCGGAACCUCAUGGCCGACUACCUCAGACAGAUCAUCCAGGACAAUGUGGACGGGCACAGCUCCAGCGAGGACGCCGGCGCCUGCAUGCACCUGGUGAUCUGGAAGGUUCGAGAAGACGCCAAGACCAAGCGAUGACGCCUGCCCGCCUCCCGCCCGCCUCUCCUGCCGCCCCGCUGGUCCUUAGCCCCAGGCCUCUUCCAAAACAGUGCAAUAAAUCUCCGGUAACCCGUCCACCUGGCCGAGGCAGCCCAGAGCAGCGGGACAAGCUGGCGGCCGGAGAACGCCCAGCCCAGCCCACCCCCGCUCACGUCCUGCGCACCCCUCCACCCGUCCCCACCCUCUGCCCCCAGCCUUCUGGCGUCUCUAGAAUUGCUGCUGACAGCGACCAGGACAGAGCCCGCCCCCCAUCAGCCCGCAGCCCCUCCUGCCCCUCCAGCCAGGCCCUCACUCCCUCCCAGGUGGUGGCUGGCACCUCUGCUCCUCACAUGGGUCGCGGGGCGGGCUUGUCCCGGGUUUGUUUGAGACAGUCUUUUUUUUAUUUUGUAUUGUUAUUUUUAUUAUUUUUAAUUUAAACCUGAUGACUUGCACAGCACCUUUCCCACCGGGAAGAGCGGGCCUGCUGCCUUCCCUCCUGGGGGCUGGGGGUGGGACAGACCCCAGUGGGGGCUAGCCAGGGCCACACUCAGCCCAGCAUGGGCUGGACCCGCCUCCGUGCUCCAGGGGCUGGCCUGUCUUCGGGGCGCCGGCUUCCACCACUCGCCGCCCCACCCCUGCACUCCGUGACCUCUGAGAACCCAGCCGGCCCCUCAUUAGCCCCAGGGCCUGCGGUCCGGAUGGAGCCCACAGGCGUCUGGACACUGUCUUCCCGCCAGAGCCCCGUCUUCCUCUGCGGGGCUCUCCGGACCCCCACUCCCGUCACCUCCAGGCAGGGACAGAAUAAAUGUUUGUAUGGAUUUUA